AUGCACUUCUCCGCCGCCGUCAUCUCUACAGCGCUGCUGGCCAUGGCCGGGCAGGCCAGCGCGGCCGACAAGCUGAACCGCAACAUCUGCAUCUGCGAGGGCGGCGGCCAGGCCAACUACAACAUCGCCAUCACGUACUACAACGGGCGGCUCAACAAAUUCUUCAACGCGGCCAAGCGCUGCCAGGGGCCCGUGGGCAUCCCGCAGAAGUGCUCGCUCGACCAGCUCUACCUGCCGGGCGUGCGCAUCUGCGGCGAGGGUCCCAGCAGCGGCUUCUGCUACGACUUUGAGGUCACCAGCAGGGACAAGUACAGUCUCGACGGCAAGGGGGCCAGCGUGCCCAGGAACCCGCAGCCAGACUAUGACUGCAACGGGCUCUGCAACUCCCUCUGGCCGGGCACUAGCAAGGGUAUUGGCAGCACUUCCGAGGUCUACUACGACAUCAACCCGGGGCUAUAA